GAGAGAGAAUCAUAAAGACUCCUUUGCUUGCUUGCUUCUCUCACUCUACACCAACAACCUCAUUUCUGUAACAAUCCACUUUUUCAUUUAAUCACCACUCAAUUUCUUCUAUCAAUACAAGCUUCUCUCAAUUUGCUUCAACUUUUAUCGGAUUUGUGUUUGAUUCUUGUAAAGAUUUCAAAUGUAUAUACUGGAAUUGAAUGAUUCUGGUGGCGAUGAGUCUUGUGUUGUUUUGAACAGCAAGAGGGCUUUGGUAGGAGCAGGUGCUCGUGCUCUGUUCUAUCCUACUUUGCUGUAUAAUGUUGUUAGGAACAAGAUUCAGCCCCAGUUCCGGUGGUGGGAUCGAGUUGAUGAGUUUAUAUUGUUAGGUGCUGUGCCAUUCCCAGCUGAUGUUCAACGCUUAAAGGAACUUGGUGUGCAUGGAGUGGUCACACUGAAUGAACCAUAUGAAACCCUGGUCUCAACAUCUUUAUAUGAUGCUCAUGGUAUUAACCAUUUGGUGAUUCCUACAAGAGAUUAUCUUUUUGCUCCAUGCUACGGUGAUAUACGCCAGGCUGUUGAUUUCAUCCAUAAUAAUGCAUCUCGUGGUAAAACUACAUAUGUUCACUGUAAGGCUGGUCGUGGUCGUAGUACAACUGUUGUUCUAUGUUACCUGGUGGAACACAAGCAAAUGACACCAACUGUUGCCUACGAAUAUGUGAGGUCCAUUAGACCAAGGGUACGUUUGGCCUCUUCUCAGUGGCAGGCUGUUCAGGACUAUUAUCAACGCUGGAAGGAAAGAUAUAUUUGCACAAGUUCGACGGAUACUACAUUAAGUUGCUCGGAGAAAACAAACUUUGAAGCUUUUGAUGAUAGCUGUAUGGUGCUGGUAUCAAAAUCAGACAUCGAAGGAUACGAAUUGAGCCUCAAUUCAAAUGUAGUAUAUAAUAAGUUGACUGAGCUGAGUGUGGCGUGUAGGGUUCAACUUACCAGCCAGGCAGCUAUAGCCAGGCUUUCUUGUACAUGGCUUCGUAUUCAUGGCCAUAAAUUUUGGAGGAAGAAGCUUCAAAGCUCAAUCGGAAAUGAUCAGCAAAGCAGUGUCAGAUUCGACUUACAAGUCUGCUGAAUAAUAACCUACAUCUUCUAUCUAAGAUACAGGAGGAAGUUUACUCCUAUUUUCCUUUACUAAAUUGUUAGUUUCUUGGCCUUUCUCGUUUUCAUUGGGUAUGGGAAGGAAUACUACUUGCUCGAAAAAUAUUUCAGAAGCACAAAAUUGGCACUGAAAUUGAACAUGUAAGCUAUUGCUGGAGGGAGUCCUGUUGUGAAGCAAGACGGCAAAUUGAGUUGUAUUGUAUAUAAAAAGUUAUAUUGAUAUUA